AUGGCUGCUUUGUACCCAAAUCAUAUUCCAAUCACAAAGUUAUCACGAAUAUUACUUGCUGGAUCAUCUGCUGUUGCUGCUUUAAGGAAUCCAUACAGAGAUGACAUGGUUGCAGUGUGCAGCGAAACAACGGCGUGUAAUGCAUUGGAACAUAUGCGUGGGAGAAUGUUGGAUGACGAGACAGGAAGAAGAAUAUUAAACGAACAACCUCGUGUUAAUAGUUCAACUGUUGACUUGAAGUUAUUACGAGCUUUACCUGAGUCUACACUGGGAAGACAAUAUGUUAACAUGUUGAACAAAUAUAACAUUACUCCAGAUUCAAGGAGAGAUGUCAAGUUUGUAGACGACCCUGAGCUCGCCUUUGUUUUACAACGAUACCGAGAAACACACGACUUCAAUCAUCUGUUGUUAGGUCAACGAACAAAUCUCCGAGGUGAGGUUGCAGUGAAAUGGUUUGAAGCAAUACAAACAUUCCUUCCUAUGUGUUGGAUGGCUGCAGUUGGAGGCACAACAAGAUUAAGUCGAAAGCGAAGAUUACGUUUACUGCAGCAAGACCUACCAUGGAUAAUACCGACUGCAAAAUCUUGUCAGUUUUUCAUGAAUAUUUACUUUGAAGAAAGAUUGGAUCAAGAUAUUGAUGAUUUAAGAGAUGAAAUGAAAAUUUAUUUACCCCAUUCUUGA